CCUCACGGCUGUUGGUCUGGAGCGGCUGCGUUGUUCGUACAGCGGAUCCUGAUAGGAGGAAAGGGAAGGUAGUUGUUAUACACCCAUCGUCGACCUCAGUGGAAAUAAAAAAAAUUAAGUGUGGAGACAAUCUAGCUGUUUUAAUUCGAUGAAAUCUGGUGUUACUAUACGUCGCGGUCAAUGGAAGUGCAGUGAGUGAUUGAGGAGGACAGCGAGAGGAGCGCGCAGUGCACACUGGGACAGAGGAGGAGGUUCUAGAGGAAGCACAAGACUGAUUUAUACAGCAGAGCAGCAGAAUAAAUCCAGGUGUCUUCAUGGCAGAAAACAAUUUCCCCCCGCUGCCUCGCUUCAUUCCCCUGAAGCCAUGCUUCUACCAGGACUUCAACGAGAUCCCUGACCAGCAUCGCACAAUGUGCAAGAGGCUGUACUACCUGUGGAUUUUGAACAGCGCCACCCUCGCAGUCAAUCUGAUCGGCUGCCUGGCGUGGAUGUGUGGUGGGGGCGGAGCCACUAACUUUGGGAUGGCCAUCCUGUGGCUCAUUCUCUUCACGCCCUGCUCCUACGUGUGCUGGUUCCGGCCCAUCUAUAAGGCCUUCAAAACGGACAGCUCCUUCAACUUCAUGGCGUUCUUCUUCGUCUUCAUGGCACAAGUAGUCAUCAGCAUCAUCCAGACUGUGGGCAUCCCAGGCUGGGGUGUGUGUGGCUGGCUGGCGACCAUCACCUUCUUUAGCACCAACAUUGGUUCGGCCGUGGUCAUGCUGAUCCCCACCAUUAUGUUCACUGCAGUGGCUGUGCUGUCCUUUAUCGCCCUCACUAGGGUCCACAAUUACUACCGCGGCACUGGCGGCAGCAUGAGCAAGGCACAGCAGGAGUGGGCCACUGGUGCCUGGAAGAACCCCCAUGUGCAGCAGGCAGCACAGCAGGCUGCCAUGGGGGCCGCUCAAGGGGCUAUGCAUCAGCAGGCCCCGCAGUAUUCGGACACCCCUGACUAUGGCUACGGCAACCAGAUGUAGGGAGGGAGGUGGGGUAGAGAUGGGGUGGGGGGAUGGGGGACAGGGAACAUGGGUGGUGUACAUAUCACAGGGUCAGCAGGUAUAAGACGCCCAUUGCAAAGAAACUUUGAGACAAACAUCUUGUCACAUACCGUUACACCUGGUUUACAAAAAGGGAUGCUUCUGAUAUUUUUUCAGGGCCAGCUGGAAUAUGCAGUUCUGUUUUGCUUCCUAGACUCUAAUUUGCAGUCUGAGUAAAGCUUUUCAUUGCUGUAGGUGCAUGUGGGAAAGACUAUGUAAUCCCACUGAUAUUUUCACCAGAUUUAAAGAGAAUGACAUUUUCGAAAGACCACCAGCCUGUGGCUGGGCUCCGAGUACUGUUCUGUUUCUUGUUGCCGCCCUUCCCUGUCUCGACAGAUCGCUGCCACUCAUGCGGACACCUGUGAGCCAUUGCGGGUGGAAUGUGUGUGCAGCUUCCCAGCGCUGUAAUCAGAGCACUCUCCACCACACACUGAUUGAGGCCAGAUCAUUGGACAGCCAGCAUAGCUUCAGGUUACCAAACAGCUCAGUUACACUGAUUGAGUAAACUUUGUUAGAAUUUUUGGAAAGUGGGCUUUCACGUAUUUACCAGAUUUUCUAUUUAUCAGACACAAGAUGGCAGUGUGCUACAACAUUUUGCAAAUGACACUCCAAACUUUGCACCUACUGUACCCACCGUUCUAGAGUACUUCACACUAUACAGGAGAGGCGUACAUAGGUAAGGAAAGCAAUAACAACUCCUUUUGCACAUUUAAGUUAAUAAGUUGCACGUUUGUUUCCCUCUAGUCUAUUUUCUUCACAGUGCUGCUGUCAAUUUAUCAUCUCGUGCAUUUUUAGGCAUGAUGUAUUGUAACCAUGUAUGCCAUGACAUGCAAUAUUUAUUACAGUAUGAUUUUUUGAGUUUCUACACUCAGCAGGCUUCAACACAUAUGCUGCAGUGUAAACUAAUACGAUUUUGAUAUUGAAAAAUAUCAGGAAACAAAACUUUUUGUAAUCACAUAUACAGUUAGAGGGAUUCGUUGACUGCAAUUUGGAAAUAAUGUGGGUGUCUAGAAUGAAAUUUGAGUGCAAGUUAAUUCCUGCCUUUUAAAAAAAAUAUUAAUGUUCAUGUUGUGGUAAAGUGGACUAUAACUAUUUACCUUGUAUUUUUUUUUUUUUACUUUUAAUUCCUCUGAUAUUUGAAACUUAUCUGAAGGGAUGUGUUGCCUUAAGAUUACACUUAUUCUCAGCAAUGUUUAUCUUAAUUACUCUAUUUAUUGGCUCUUCAAGCCUCUCUUCUCUGAAGGCCUUUGUGCGGCAUGGAAAUUACAAGCAGGAGUCUUUGCUUGCAAACAUAGAUGUACGUCGUGUGCCCUGUCCAUAAAAAUGACGAGUCCACAGACAGAUCAGUGGAAAAACCUCAUGCUGGACUAUCCUUGCCAGGGCUAUUACAACUUAGAUCAUACACACAAUUCCAGUUUUUCUUAAAAGAUUCUAACCAUUUUAGUAAAUAAGUAGACAGGAAAGACAAGAUAAGUAAAAGUCCUCUCAGAAUUGGGAGUUAAACAUUCCAGAGAGAUUGAGCCCAGAAUCUCCCACACGUGCUAGUGACACAAGAUCCCGUGGACACUGCUAGCUAUGCUACUUUCAAAUGUCUGUGUGAGGAAGGGCAGGCAGAAGCUUUGGUCUGGUCAGGACAAUCAAAUAUCUUGGCACCCAGAACAGGCUGGUGUUCCCUUCUCAGUGUUUUAAUGCUAUUCCACGCCCAGUCACAAAAAAACAGAUUUAUGUAUGAAAGUGGCACAUUCCUGUGAUCUGAAGUGAUUUAAUUAAGAGAAUAUUAUCAUUUGAUCUGUUUAUAUGUUUGUGUAAAAAGUGAGCCCCUGGGACCUCCUCUCUGGUGAUCAUCCUGUCCCUGAUAGGGAGCUUGUUCAGAGUCUGAGUUGUGUGUGUGUAGGAACCAGCAAGAGCUGUGCAUCUGGAAGAGCGGUGGGGAGAGCAGUUAGAGAGCAAGGAGGAGUGAACAGGGUGCAGGGUACAUUGAGGGGUGAGCUCUGUCAUCUUAUAGCCAUGGGGGUGCGUCCUGUUCCCCUGAAAGUCCAACUUAAGAUAUAAAUCAUACAAAUUAAAAUUUUAUGCUGUACAGAAUGUCCUCAAAGUCUUAAUAAUAUGAUGUAGUGCAAAUAUAGUGCCAGAAAUUUCAACGUGAGUUGCAGGUGCUGUGAUACCCAUGUAUGACCAUUUUCGUUUGUGUGCUCUUAAUGAACCUGUACAGAGACCAGUAUAUGUGUUAAAUGUUUUACUCAGUGCACAUGUAACUGUGAAGCAAUGCUGUUCUCCGUGUUUGUUGUUCUGUAGGUGUGGGCAGUGGGAGUGGUAAUGUAAUACAUGUACAAAUGGUCCAACUCUUAGAUCACCAUUUAAUCAUAGAAUUGUGAUGGGUGUUAACGCUGUUACUAGUGUACUACUGUGAUUUCCCUUCUCUGUCUGUGGGUUCUGGGAGGGGGGGAGCGCAAACAAUAAUCAGAGUUAAAGCAACAGGUGUAAAAUGGAAAGGGGCAACAUCCCCUGCUGACUGCUACAGGUUGUCGAAUGGGGAGUAGGUGGUGUGUAGGUGGCUCUGUCUGGUGACGAGUUUUAGGAGGCAAUGGGGACAGCUUUCUGGCAGGCACAAUCUCUUCAGUCUUACACAGGGAAAAAAAAACAUCCGGAGAUCCAGAACUAAUGAAUAGCUGUGCAGAAUACAGCACAGUGCUCUAAGGUGUCAUUGUGGAGAAGUUUAAUUCGGUGUGUCUUGUACAUUGCCAGUAAGGGACGGAACGGAACGUCAAGCACUGCACUAGCUAACAGGAAAUGUUCUGCAACCAUACGGAAAACAAAUAACAUUUGCUUUGUAUCUUAAGUGAGCAAGCCCAGCACUGCCUGUGUUAGUCAGUAGUCUAAACUAUGCCUUAUGUCCAGUAUAACAGCAGGUAUGUGAGGGGGGGAGCGUCGGGGAGUGAACCUUUAGAGACCUGGGACUGUUCUGCUGUGCUACUUCGCACGCUGCCAUAGACAGCCAUCCCAGUGGUGGAAAAAGUCACCUGUGGACACAAGAUUAGAAAUAACACCAUAUAUGAUGCUACUUCCCGGUUGCGUAGUUGUUCCUCUUGAUGUAAAUUAAAGAGCUAAAGGUAAAUUUCCGCUGAUUGAAACUCAUAGGUGUGUUUGUAGAUGUGCCAAUUAUGUGCCAUGUCGGUUUCCUUUAGGAAGCAAGCUGUAAUAUCACAAAAGUUUCCUUUUUACUUUUUUUUUGCUUCUAUUUAAAGAAUGUUCUUUGUUUUUUAAUAUUGCUUUGAAUUUCAUUUCUGUAAGAGCGUUUAAAUAGCCUCAUUGUAUGUUUUGUUUUAUGUUGGAAAGGCUGAGAUUUUUAAACACUUGUAUAAUGUGCAAAGGUGACGCAGAAGGAGUACACAUUUAUUCUUGCAUUUUCUUCAUUUCCAUAUUGUUCUGUUUUCCUGAUCUCAUAAUUUUUCCACCAACUGGUGUGUUUACAUGUGGCUAGGACGUGCUGGAUCUGAUGUCUUCACGACUACUUUCCUUUCAGACUUGACCAGUGAAGUCACAAGGUUCCAGUAAAUGACUAAAGUAGCAGUGCGUUCAGUGCCAGAAGGGGGCACUAUUGUGUAAGUGCAGCUGACCUGAGGAAAACUGGCUGAUUCACCAGUUCACCGCUGUAUUAACUGUCUGGUACUUUCAAAAUGAUUUACAUUCUCACUUUCCCUAGAUACAGAAACAGACAGAGACUGGAGAUAGUAAAGAUUGCAUAGUUUGCUUCGAUAUGUGAUAAUGGUUUCCAAAACAACUACGACACAAGAUUUCAUUCUCACAGAAGGUGUUUGAUUCUGUAUUAGAAUAUUCAAUUUAAAUAUUCAAUUUAAAAGCACAAAAAUUAUAUAAGUCUUUUGUUUCUGCUGUGAUAACUCUUCCUUUGCCAAAUAUGACUGGAUGACUCUGAAGAGUGAAAUAAAAUAACAUGA